AUGCCCAUUCCCCAUCUCGAGACCCCCGUCACAUCAAGCACCAGCCAUAUCUCUCGGGUAUCGUUUCUCGAGGAACAGAAUGUGCGGAUGGCGUCGACCUUGUUUCAGGCACAACCUUCAUAUACCUUUGAAACAUGGGAAGAUUGUGUACACUUCCAGGAAGCCUUGCUCAGUCAAACAGUUGUCUUCACUGCGGGUAUUGCAGAGGCAAAAUCCAAAGGAAGAGGCGAAGAAUGCAUCAGUCAGAAUUUGCGCAUCCUGCGUUCGCGGACGGGGAAGCAGAUCAUUCUCUUCUUUGCCAAUUCACAACGAAAAGAAAAGAAGCGAUACAUUACUGUUCCCCGUGAGUAUCCACCGACCACACAGCAUGCCAGGCUGGACGAGUCGCGGUGGCAACCUGUCUGA